AUGUCCGGUAGUAUUAUACGUGAAAAACCUGCAUCAUUUGGAUCGAUACGUCAAAAUAAUGCAACUAAUGGUGGCAAUUCACCAUUGAAAUUAUUUACACAUGCAAAAAUAACGAUAACUGAUAUUUUUAAAAAUAUUUCAUCGUAUGUUAAUGAUUCUAAUAUUUAUAUGACUGAUGUGAUAAAAUCUGAUAGAAAUUUAAUUACUACAGAUAAAUAUAAAGAUAUACAACAAUUGAAAGAAAAAGUAAAUCGAAUACUAUCAAUUAUAUCACGUGAUCAUAUGAAAGUUGUCUUUUUCGGAAGGACAAGUAAUGGAAAAAGUACAGUUAUGAAUGCAAUGUUACGAGAAAGAAUAUUACCAGUUGGUAUGGGACAUACAACAAAUUGUUUCCUUCAAAUUGAAGGAACCGAUAGAAUAGAAGCAUCGAUUCUCAUACCAGGAUCAGAUGAACCAAAAAGUGUUAAUAAUUUAAGCAGUAUUAGUAAUGCUUUAUCAAAUGAAAAAGUUGAUUCAGAUUCUCUUGUUAAAAUUCUAUGGCCAAAAGAAAAAUGUCGAUUAAUACGAGAUGAUGUUGUACUUGUUGACAGUCCUGGUAUUGAUGUUUCAGCUAAUCUAGAUCAAUGGAUUGAAAAAUAUUGUCUAGAUGCUGAUGUAUUUGUACUUGUUGUAUCAGCUGAAGCAACAAUUACAGUAGCUGAAAAAAAAUUUUUACAUAAUGUUGCACAACGUUUAUCAAAUCCUAAUAUAUUUAUUUUAAUGAAUCGGUGGGAUGCAACUGCUAAUGAACCAGAAAUGGUUGAAUCAGUUAAACAACAACAUCUUGAACGAGGUUUAGAAUUUUUAUGUGAUGAAUUGCAUUUAUGUGAUCGAAAAGAAGCAACAGAAAAUCGAAUGUUUUUUAUUUCCGCACGUGAAGCUUUAUUAAAUCGAAAUACAGAUCCAACUACUUCACCAAGAAGUGGUUAUAAUGAAGGAUAUAAAGAACGUCUUGUUGAAUUUAGUAAAUUUGAACAUGAAUUUGAAAAAUGUAUAUCAAAAACAGCUGUACAAACUAAAUUUGAACAACAUACAAAUCGGGGAAAAGAAAUUAUUACAUUAUUAUGUGAAACAAUAGUUAAUAUGAUUAAUAAAUCACAAACAAUAAAACAAGAAUGUCAAGAAAAAUUAGUUGAAAUGGAAGAAAAAAAUAUUUUUCUUGAACAUGAAUUACGUUCAAUGACAGAUUCAGCUAAAGAAAGAAUUCGACAUGUAUCUGAAGAUGUUUAUAAACGAGUAGCACAAACUUUAAAUGAUGAAAUUAAACGUCUUUAUACAUUAAUUGAAGAAUUUGAUCGUCCAUUUACAUCUGAACGUAAUCAAAUACCACUUUAUAAACAAGAUUUACAUCGUUGGGUUGAAGAACGUCUUGGUUCAAAUUUACAAAAUCGUCUUCAUACAGCAUUACAUAAUUCAUUAGAUACUGUUCAUAAAGAAAUUAAAGAACGUGUUAAAACUGUUUUAACAACUAAUGAACGUCGAUCUGAUGUUGAUUCCAUUGUACCACGUUCAAAUUUUACUAUUUCAUAUCGUUUAGAUUGUUCAAAUCUAUGUUCAGAUUUUCAUGAAGAUAUUCAAUUUAAAUUUUCAUUAGGUUUAACGUCAUUAUGGGAACGUUUUAUGCAAAAUGAAAAACAACCCAAAUAUACAUCAUCAUCAUUUCUUAAUUCUUCAAAUGAUUUACUUACAACAGCAAAUAAUCUUACAGAAUUAACAUCAACAUCAAGUUUUCUUGCAUUAGGUGCUAGUGCAUUAAUAUGGCGUACUGUUGGAUGGAAAAUGCUUGGUAUUGUUGCUGGUAUUUAUGGAAGUUUUUAUUUAUAUGAAAAAUUAAUGUGGACAAAAGCAGCUCAAGAACGUGCAUUUAAACGUCAAUAUGCUGAUUAUGCAUCAUCAAAAAUGAAAUUAAUUGUUGAUUUAACAUCUGGUAAUGCAAGUGCACAAGUACAACAAGAAUUAUCAAUGUAUUUUGCUCAGACAGUACGUUAUGUUGCUAUAGAAAAAGAUGAUAUUAUAGAUAAUAUACAAGAUUUAAAAAUUGAAAUGCAUCAAUUAAAAUCUUAUAUCGAUAAAGGAAAAAAAAUACAAAAACAAGGAGAUAAAAUCAAUAAUGAAUUAAAUCAAUUUACAAAACAAUAUUUAAUCACAGAUUAA